GGCAUAUGGCCAUCUUAUGAUUCUUCCUAGAGUUCCUGGGUGGUGUAUUUGUCUGCGUUCUGUCUAGUAUCGUGGAGAGAUGAAGCCAUUUUCUGUCUCACACUUAGGAAUAUGACAUAUUAGUGAGCAGACGAGUACAACCCACUGCUACCUACUCGAUUCUGACUCAGAGUGACCCUCAGAGUAGAACAGCUCACUAGGGCUUUUGAGACUAUCCCUCUUCACAGGAACAAACAGCCUCAUCUUUCACUGGUGGAGCGUCUGGUGAAAUUGAACCACUCACUAUGCAAUUAGCAUCCCAGUGUUUACCCCACUGUUCCUUACAGAGGGACUCGCUACAUGGUUGCUGAAUGAAGCAAUUGACAAGGCAUUGACUUUCUUGCGGCCCUCCUUUCUUUCCUGAUGUAAAUGGACAUCUGCAUCAGUUAAACUAGAGAAAGUCAGAAGCUCGGUCAGGAGUGACCAGUUGGAGACUCUGGAAUGUAACCACAUGUCAUUUUCCAUUUGUAAUCUAGGUGCUGAGAAGGGGAAGUGGUGGUAUAAAAGUUUCUGAGCAGUCAGAAGUGGAACCCAGAGGCCCAGAGUCUCUGCUCUAACCUGCUGUGAGGUCGAAGCAGAAGACUAGAGCUAGCCACACUCCAUCAGGGUUUGUGCCAGGGUUGGCUGUCAAGAUGAGCAGCCAGACCCCUUCCAGCCUCCUGGAACUCGCGGGAAAGGCCCUGCUGAAGCACAAGGCCUUGGCCAUCGACUCCUUGGAGCUGAUGCCCGUGGAGCUCUUCCCACCACUGCUGAAAAUCGCUGUGGAUGGGAGGCACCUGGAGAUUCUGCAGGCGAUGAUACAGGCCUGGCCCCUGCCCCUCCUGCCUCUGGGGACGCUGCUGGUGGACCAGCAGUGCCACCAGGAGAUCUUAUGGGUGGCGCUCAGAGGACUUGAUGCCCUGCUGGACAAGGUCCGCCCCAGGAGGUGGAAGCUACAAGUGCUGGAUUUACGGCACCAUGCCCACCAGAAGUUCUGGGCCAUAUGGGCCAAUGUUCCGGUAAAGAGCCACUACGCCCUGCUGCCAGAUGCAGAGGAAGAAUUGCCCGUGGCCAUGAAGGCAAGAAUGGAGGGUGCCAGGAAUGGGGACCAGCAGCAGCCCAGGGCUCUGGGCCCAGUGGAGGUGGUCAUGAACAUCUGUCUGAACAAGCCAACCCUGGAUGAGUUCCUGUCGGCCCUCCUCAAGAAGGCCAGGCAGAAGCACGGCCUGCUGCACCUGUGCUGCAGGAAGCUGCAGCUGCUGCUGGUGCCACUGCGCAACACCGAGAGGGUGCUCAAGACCGUGCAGCUGGACUCCAUCCAGAACCUGGAGAUGGACUGCACCUGGAGACUGCCCACGCUGAGCCGGUUCGCGCUGUACCUGGGCCAGAUGGUGAACUUGCGCCAGCUCCACCUCUGCCACCUGCAGACCCUGCCAUCCCACCACUCCCGGGCCAAGGAGGAGCAGUAUGUGUGCCAGUUCACUGCCCCGUUCGCCAACCUGAGGCACCUCCGGGAGCUCCGGCUGGACUCCGUCUCCUUCCUGGAGGGCCGCCUGCACCACCUGCUCAGGCACCUGUCCACCCCACUGGAGAGCCUGUCAUUCAGCAGCUGCCUGCUGUUGGAGUCCGACCUGGUACAUCUGUCCCUGUGUCCCUCCACCAGCCAGCUGAAGGACCUCAGCCUGAGUGAAGUCAGCCUGUCCUCCGGCAACAUUGGGCCGCUCGCAGUCCUGCUGGAGCACACCUCGGCCACCCUCCAGGACCUGGACCUGGAUGACUGUGGGAUGCUGGAUGCCCAGUUCAACUCCAUCAUGCCUUCCCUGGGCCGCUGUUCCCAGCUCAUGGCCUUAAGCUUCUGUGGAAACCAGGUCUCCUUUAAUGUCUUGGAGAGCCUGCUGCGGCACACUGCCAGGCUGCCCCACCUCAGCAACAUGCUGUACCCUGCCCCACUGGAGAGCUAUGAGGAGGGCCAGGAUACCGUGCACCUGGGCAGACUGACCCAGCACCACAGUCAGCUGAUGCAGAUCCUGUGGGAAGCGGGGCGGUCUAGCACAGUGUGGCUCAGUGCCAACCUGUGCCCUCACUGUGGCGAUAGGUUCUUCUACAACCCGAACCCCAUCCUGUGCCCUUGCUAUGAACCUCCUACCUGAGUGCCCCACCCAAGGGCAGGGAUGGUGGGCCUUGAGUAGCCUAGAAUCCUCUAGAGCUGGUUUCAGGCUUGAGUUAUGCCUGCAUACAUGGUUGUAAAGUAAUGUUUAGGAAUAAAGGGCUUUGUUUUUGGUCA